AUGGCUUCAGUUUCUUCAAUUCUUCUUCUCCUUCUUUCACUUUCUCAUCUCCACUUCACUCUACCUUCCGUAAAUAACCGCAUCACCGACAGAAAAUCCUUGGAAAUCAUCAUCGGCGGCGGUGACGACGGCAGUUCACCACCAUUACCUUCACUGGAACCUGAAGAUUGCCCUCCUCCAGCUCCUCCUCCAUGCCCUCCUCCACUUCCUCCUCCUCCAUGCCCUCCUCCACCUCCUCCUCCAUGCCCUCCUCCACCACCUCCUACAUGUCCUCCUCCAACACCUUCCCCAACACCACCGCCACCGCAUUCACCGCCUCCCCCGCCGCAGCGACCGCCGUGGUACCCCUUUGAGAGCCAACUACUAGCGGAAGCUUUCCCAAUCCUCCAAGAUUUCAAGAAACUAGUAGAACAUCCAAAGAAUAUUUUUGAUUCUUGGAAGGGCCCCGACAUUUGCGGCAAAUACCGCGGACUCGAUUGCGCGAACUUCCCGGAUACAAAUGAAAAGGCAGUCGCGAGCGUCCAGUUUAACGAGUUUAACUUAUCCGGCAAGAACCUCCGGUUAGAUAACUUGCUCGGCAAGUUAAAAACAGUCACGAUCUUUCACGCAAACUCCAACAACUUCAUAGGCUCUGUGCCUGACGUCAGCAACUUGAAAUACUUGUUCGAGCUCGAUCUAAGCAACAACAAACUCUCAGGAGAUUUUCCAGCUUCCGUCUUAAAAGCCACCAAUCUCACGUUUCUUGAUCUCAGGUUCAAUACUUUCAAAGGCUCUGUUCCUCCUCGGGUCUUUAAUCUCGAUCUCGACGUCUUGUUCAUCAACAACAACAAUCUUGUUCAGAAUCUUCCUACCAAUCUUGGCUCCAUCAAAGCUCUUUACCUCACAUUCGCCAACAACAGGUUCACGGGUCCAAUUCCCGACAGCAUCGGCAACAUCAAGUACCUACAAGAAGUCCUUUUCUUGAAUAACCAGUUAACCGGAUGCUUACCGUACGAAAUCGGAAAGCUAAACCAAGCCACUGUUUUCGAUGUUGGGUUUAACCAGCUAACCGGUCCAAUACCAUACUCUUUCGGCUGCUUAGACAAGAUGGAACAACUCAAUUUAGCCGGGAACAAGUUUUAUGGAACCAUACCAGAGAUCGUCUGCGAGAUUUCUUGUCUCAAAAACCUCUCUCUUUCCUAUAACUACUUCACUCAGGUCGGUCCAAAAUGUAGACAACUCAUCAAGAGAAACAUCCUGGACGUUCGUAUGAAUUGUAUACUUGAUCUUCCAAACCAGAAAACGCCACAGGAAUGUGCCAAUUUCUUCAUGCGGAAACAGACUUGUCGUCAUUCCAAGUCUAUGUUUCUGGUCCCUUGUGGUAAGAAUCCACACCCGGUUAAACAUGUUCAAGAACGAUUGGAGGACGAAGAAGUUCAAGCUCCUUCUCCGGUAUCUUACAGCGCACUUAACCCGAAUCGGAUUCGGAAUCUAUAA